UCCUCUGGACGGUCUUCAGUCGUCCUUGUCUCCUUCGUCAUCUUCUGAGCCUUCCUGAAAUGAAACAAGUUGUUGUCCGUAUAACUUCCAUAGUGAUCCACUUUCAGCCACCGCUCUCUGUCUCUCUCUCUUUCUCUCUCAUUCAGUCUCCUCCCUCCAUCUAUCUCUCACAGUCCAUUCACCAGCUCAGAGAGCGUCACAGACACACACCCGCAUACACGGCAGGCUGUAAGCGUUAGCCUCCUGAUCGGUUUAGAUCGACUCUUUCUGCAGAUUUUUAGGGGACGGAUCAGGAUUUUCCACUCCUCUUCUCUAACGAAGCUGUCCUGUUCUGCUUCCAUCCUGUUUCGCUCUCUCUGCCUUUCUCUCAGAGCUUUGUUCUAAUUUUGGAAACAUGGAACCUCAGGGAGUGCUCUCCCGAAGCUAUUUACAUCCUUGCUGCUCUUCCUCCCCUUCAUACUCCUCCUCUUCUCUUCCUCUUGUCAGCCAGGAGGUGAACAGUGAGACGAUCCUUUGAUGUAAGAGAACACAGAAAGCUCGACUUCUCCUUCGUCUGGAAAUUUUUUGGUUGUUCAGCUCUCAGAAUUGUCCAGCAGGAUGGGGAUUACGCAGUGCUAGAUUUCCUUCUGUUGGGAUUUUGGACUUCAAGCAGCCACUGCAACAGAAGAAACAAACUUCUGUUCCUGAGCUGACAGGUACCUGACAAAGUGUUUCUGUUUUCUGGAGCCAGCAGAGGACUUAAGAAGAUCUAUGCAAGCUUGGUGUUUUCUCAUCUACUUGGACUCAAAUCCCUCAAUCCUAUUGGAGAGGAGGCUUCCUGGAACUCACACCUACUAUGACAGAGAAGAGGAUUUUACUCAAGGUGAUGUUGGCCCAUUAGUACAAUUGAAACUGAACAGCCACCGGAGCUCUAAGGAAAUUUGCAAUCUCAACUGAGACUGGAUUACACAAUGAAAACUUUUUAGAGUAUUUAUUCACACUUAACAGGACAAUUUACACAUAAUUUGUAUUUUUUACAAUUUGUGGCAGACAGUUCUUCCUAAGCUAUGCUGGUACCUCUAAAGAGCUGACAUUUUUUCUUUUCACAAACUUAAGCAGCAGCUCUUGUCCUGGCAUGCUGUUACAUCCCACCGUGUCAGGAUUGUGCACCAUGCUGCAGACCAUCUACGAGACUGAGUCGUGUUUUUCCUCUGCUAGCACAGACAGCCACCACCAGCCUCUGGAGCUCCUGAGUGACAGCAGGGGCUCCGGUGCUGACAUGACCGCUGCUGUCUUGGAGGUGAAGAGCAGCCUCCCAUCAGGCAUGCAGAGUCCAGUUGAAGCAACAUGUGAGCAGAGAGGAGGUGGUGGUGAAGGGGGUGGCUGUAUUCCUGGAGAAGGUCCAGGUGGAGGCGGAGGCCCGGUGGACUUGAGGACAGAGCCCAGGUUGGGCUCUGUGUCUAGUGGGGGAGCAGUGGAUACAGCCCUGAGAGAGCAGCAGCUUCAGCAGGAACUUGUGCUUCUCAAACAGCAACAGGAACUCCAGAAGCAGCUGCUAUUUGCAGAGUUUCAGAAAAAACAUGAAGUGUUAACAAGGCAGCACGAAGUCCAGCUGCAAGAGCACUUAAAGCAACAACAGGAGCUGCUGGCAGCAAAGCGGCAGCAGGAGUUGGAGCAUAAGAGAAAACUGGAGCAACAAAGACACGAAGAACAGGAGAAACAGAGACUGGAGCAACAACUGUUGCUGCUGAGAAACAAAGAGAAAGGGAAAGAGAGUGCCAUUGCCAGCACAGAGGUGAAGCUGAAGCUUCAGGAGUUUCUUCUCAGUAAGAAAGAACCUGGUCCAGGAGGACUCAACCAUUCCUUCUCCCCAAAGUGCUGGGGAAGCCAGCACACGUCUCUAGAGCAAAGCUCCCCCCCUCAGAGUAACACCCCCGGAACCCCUCCCUCCUACAAACUCCCCCCUCUUCUCGGAAACUACGAGGGCAAAGACGACUUCCCACUUCGGAAGACAGUUUCAGAGCCGAACCUGAAGGUUCGAUCUAGACUCAAGCAGAAAGUGGCAGAGAGGCGCAGCUCUCCAUUGUUGCGCAGGAAGGAUGGAACUGUCAUCAGCACCUUCAAGAAAAGGGCUGUUGAGAUAUCAGUCUCCUCCCUUUGUAACAGUGCUCCAGGCUCAGGUCCCAGCAGCCCCAACAGUUCCAAUACGGCCAUCGCCAACGGAAACACGGGAUCAGUCCCCAACAUACAAACCGAGCUGAGAUCUCUCCAUCAGACACUGGGGGCUGAUGGGACAUUGAGUCCUCUUAGCCUCUACACCUCACCCUCCCUGCCCAAUAUCUCCCUAGGCCUCCCUGCCAACACACACAUCACAGCACCCCAGAAACUGUCCACCCAGCAGGAAGCAGAGCGUCAGGCCAUCCAGUCCCUACGAGGGGGAGGAGCUCUAACUGGGAAGUUUCUCUCCACUUCCUCCCUACCAGCAGGUGCGGCACAUGAUGUGGAGACUCCGCCCCCCGGUUCUCAUUCAGCCCAUUCCUCGUUGUUGCAACACGUCCUAUUGCUUGAGCAGGCCCGACAACAGACCGCUAUGUUAGUGCCCAUGUACAAUCAGUCACCGCUGGUUACUGCAGAGAGAGGUGUAGCCACUGGAAUGCGGCCUGUCAACAAGCUGCCCCGCCAUCGACCGUUGGCUCGCACACAGAGCGCUCCUUUACCCCAGUCGCCCCAGGCGCUGCAGCAGCUGGUGGUCCAACAGCAGCACCAGCACUUCCUGGAGAAACACUACAAGAUGCUAUCGAAGGGGGGAGACCUCCCUAGACCACCACCAACUCACCCUGAGGAGACAGAGGAGGAGCUAACAGAGACCAAUGACAUGCAGGAGGAUGAAGGCGCGGCUCCUAACAGCCUGCAGAAAGAAGGAUCAGACGACAGCAGCCACUCAUCUGAGCGACUGGCCAGCCACUUGAAGAGAGAGGAGGAAUCCAGGGUUAUCCAGGUCAAAGGCGAGAGCACGGAGAGUGAGCUAGAUGAAGAUGAAGAGGAUGAUGAUGUCAUUCAGCUAAGGGAGAGCGAGGAAGAGGAAAGGGGCAGCUACAUACAGCAGUCCUUGCAGCAUCUGAGCGUGUUUUCAUCCUCGCUGCCCCACAGAGCUCUGGGAAGAGCCAAGUCAUCCCCUGCAACUGCUGUCAACCCCAUCAAACACCUCUUCACCACCGGGUUGGUGUAUGACAGCCUGAUGCUGAAGCAUCAAUGUGUGUGUGGCAAUGCUCACAUUCACCCAGAGCAUGCUGGGAGAGUCCAAAGCAUCUGGUCCAGACUGCAGGAAACAGGCUUACUGAGCCGCUGUGAGAGGAUUCGUGGGAGAAAAGCAUCUCUAGACGAAAUCCAGUCGGUCCAUUCAGAGUUCCACACCCUGCUGUAUGGAACCAGCCCGCUCAAUCGGCACAAACUGGACCACAAGAAGCUUCUGGGUCCUAUCAGUCAGAAGAUGUAUGCUGUUCUGCCCUGUGGAGGAAUAGGGGUGGACAGUGACACUGUGUGGAACGAAAUGCACUCAUCAGCAGCAGUUCGCAUGGCAGUGGGCUCAGUUAUUGAGCUGGCCUUUAAGGUGGCUGCAGGGGAGCUGAAGAACGGCUUUGCAGUUGUGCGUCCACCUGGUCACCAUGCAGAGGAAUCCACAGCCAUGGGUUUUUGCUUCUUCAACUCAGUAGCCAUCACUGCCAAACUGCUGCAACAAAAGCUAGGAGUAGGGAAGAUCCUCAUUGUGGACUGGGACAUUCACCAUGGCAACGGCACCCAGCAGGCCUUCUACAACGAUCCCAAUGUGCUCUACAUAUCUCUGCAUCGGUACGAUGACGGAAACUUCUUUCCUGGCAGUGGAGCACCAGAGGAGGUGGGCUCAGGUGCAGGAGUUGGCUUUAAUGUAAAUAUAGCAUGGACUGGAGGAGUAGAGCCUCCUAUGGGUGAUGUGGAAUACCUCACUGCUUUCAGGAGUGUGGUAAUGCCCAUUGCCCAGCAGUUCAGUCCAGAUGUGGUCCUGGUGUCUGCAGGCUUUGAUGCAGUGGAAGGUCAUCAGUCUCCUCUGGGUGGCUACAAUGUUUCUGCACAAUGUUUUGGUAAGCUAACACAGCUGCUGAUGGGACUGGCAGGUGGGCGGAUUGUAAUGGCGCUAGAGGGUGGCCAUGACCUAACUGCUAUCUGUGACGCAUCAGAGGCCUGCGUCUCUGCCCUCCUGGGAGAUCUGUGUGACUCUGGGUUUCAGUGGCCUCAGGAGAAGCCAUGUCCAAAAGCCUGUGCCUCCCUGGAGAGAGUCAUAGACAUCCAGAGUAAGCACUGGCCUUGUCUCCAGAGUGCGUCUCAAACCAGUGGCCCCUCUCUCCUGCCAGGGUCCCCUGUGGCCCCAGGCCAGUCUGAGAGGGACGAGGCUGAAACACUCAGUGCGAUGGCCUCUCUAAGUGUUGAUGUGGACCAGCCAGGCUCUGUUCCUGAAAACAGAGAAUCUAACAGGUCUACAGAGGAGCCAAUGGAGGAAGAGCCUGUUUUAUAAAGAGGAGCUGACCUAAAGCAUCCAAAAACACCUUCACCUCCUUCUAGCACCUUCUUGUCCUCCUGUUCCUGCUCCUCCACAGAGUGUGUAUGUACACCAACACACACACACAUGUACGCAUUCGCAGUGUGGAACUGAAUUGUUGUGGAGGUCUCAGAUUAGCUGAGAACAUCCAAGUAAGGCAGGCAAAGGCAAGUCCUGUACAAAACAGGGGUGCCUCUCUUUUCUUCUGGUUCAUCCAUCCAAAGAUUCGCAGACGACUUGUUCGCAUCUUCAUGGAAACCAAAGACAAGGAGCGUCAGCAAGGUUGCAAUUUCUGUACACUACCUGUACACAGCAUCGUUGAACCUUGUCCAGUCAUUCUUCUUUUAUAUUUCCUACCUACUCCUCUGAUUCCACUGAGGGACUUUUACUGUGGAAAUAAAAAACUUUAAUCUGGUCAAAAUGUUUGACAACAAGCUGACGACUUGUCUUCUUGUGUCUGUCAAAGAAAACGAGUAGUCGCUUGUUGGAAGGGUAACUCGUUUUACAAGGAGCGGGCCAGCAAGAACUCAAGGUGCCUUUUUUCUGUCUAACACAAACUAUUCAAUCAGAAUCCACACAUCACUGCCAGUGCACCUCAGCCAACCAAGCAGCCCACGAGGACUGAAGAACCGGCCAGAUAGCGCACAUACACUGCUGUUGUUUCAGUCGCUUGGUGUAUAUUUGUUUCAUCAUCUGAAUGCCUUAGUUUUUCUUUUUUUUUGUGACAAAGAUGAGUAGAGGGGAUCAACAGAGCUCAUAAGCUGUAAUCUUUCCAGGUAUUCCCAAAAUACUUAUUUGGUGUUUCCUAAGAGUUGUACCAGUGGAAAUGUUUGUCAAAAAGCUUAUCUGAGUGUUAUUAUUGAAGUUAAUGUAAUAUAAUGAUACUGAGGAAACAAUCUCAGGAUCAGCUCAUCUUCUACAAAACUAGACAUUAUACUGCAGCCCUUCAAACUCACUUUGUUGUUUUUGUUGAAAGUCAUGUGACCCGAGUCCCACCCCUUUCUAUCUUCCAAAAAUAAUUUUAGAUUGUGGCACUUUUUAAAAUACCACAAUUACCACCCUUUUUUUGUUUUUCAUUUUGAGUGUAAUAUUUUCUUUUUGCUGUAAAUACCGUCCACCAAACAGUUGCGCAUAGCAACAUCACAGCAUCUGUAGUUUGUUUUGUUUUUACUAUAUCUGUACAUACAUGUAUGUAUAAACUACAGAAUACUUUCUCUUUUUGUAUGACAAGCAAAAAUAAUGUGUAAACUGUGUUUUAUCCAAUCAGAUAAGAUUUAUGAAUAUACUCUAUUUGAGGAUCUGGUGUUUUAAAAGUUUGGCUAUUUGACAGAAAGUUGGUGCACGGCUUGAUGGCACCCGCUGUCACCGCAGCCUGCUUGUUUGUUUGUUUACAGAUGCCAAGGGACGAUAGGAUGUUGAAUCUUUUUGGAGGAGAAUGUUGCGCUCAGGUUCCUCUGGCAGGACCACUGCUCUGUACUGCCCUCCUCAGGCAAGCAGCACAUAGGAGGUGUUCAAAUCAAUUGUCAUGACUGGCUUAGUAGGUGGGUCCAGUGACUGUGGCUUUGUAUUCCAACAGAUUAUCACAGCAUGUUCCUAAAUCCCAGACAUGUUAUAUAUGAGGCAACGGACGGAUGGUAGCAAUGUUCAGACUUCCUCUCCACGAUAGACAGAAAACUAAUGUGUCCUUCAAAAUAUUGUUUGUGUCAACAAACUUCUUACAAGCAAUUAGUCCUUUUAAAGUAGAACACACAUGCUCAUUGACACAAGCUUUACAAGUAUAAUGAAACAGCUUUUGUGAAAAGCGUCACCAAUGGUGCAAAAGAUAAAGAAUGCAGAGUUUGAUAGCGACCAUUUUAGCUUAUGUGAAGGCAGAAGUAGGUGAAAAACAUUUAGGGUACCAAUCCAUAGUCAGCAGGUCACUUUGGUUUUUAAUAUUGUGGUUUGUAAAGGUUUCUGAAGACAUUUUACAUUAAUUAAAUACUUUCAAUAAUAAAACUGUCCCAAAUAACGUAAUGAUUUAGACCCCAGACUGGUAACACACAGUUUUCACCUCAGCCUCACAGCUUAACUGAACACAUUCAGAAAAGAGCAGACUGGGAGGUAAGAGUUAUGCCUACAUUUGAAGGUGGUGCUAGUUUCCACACAACUUCCUCAUGAGAGCAGAAAUAUUUUUAAACAGCUGAAUAUGUCUUUGUUGUACGCAGGGAGAACAGUGUAGUUGCCUUGUUACAGCAAACUGAGCAUCAAUUCACAGAAAAAGAUGGAUUAGAGACUGCAGUACACUGUACCACAAAAAAACUGAUUUCUCUGCCACUUUCACUGGCCUCUCAUUAAAAGGACUUUAAACUGUCAGAAUAGUUUGGAAACAUGUUAACUUUCUAAAAACCUUAAUUUGAGUUUGUGCCUCAUUUAUAGGCACAAACCACUCGUGCAGAUGAUGCUUUGGCUCAGCUGCCAGAUGAUGUUAAAAUAUUCAUCACAAACCAUUAUUACCGUGCUUAUUUCAGGUCAAAAAGAAGGUCAACGUUGUAUUGAACAUUGACAUUCAACAUGCUAACUUUAGCAGUUAGCAUAUUGGUUACUUGCUAAUUGCUAAACAUAUCCUUCCUUGGAUCAAACUAUUAUUUAAACAUACCAGUUCUUGUUUGUAACUUGAAAUGAGUAACUUCAUAAACUGACAAACCCCAUCAUCUCCUGAAGUUGCAAAACCUUAGAGCUGGACCUAUCUAUUAAUCAGUGCUGUAAAAACAUUCUAUAGACAUAGAGAAGCUCACAUUAAGUCACUUAACUAGGCAUGCUGUUAAGUGAUGCCUAGUUACUUAACAACAACUAGGCAUCUAUGGAUGUAACCCUAGCGGUUACAUCCAUUUAGCAAUAUCAGACCAAUAGAAUGCAAAAGAUCAAUGUAUCCCACUUCAGUGUUGAUGUGCACAACAGAUAGCAUCACUGCCUACAUAAGUUUUGGGGCUCUCUGCUUUUAUACCUGGUUUGUAUUUUUUUUCAGGUUGGACUGAUUUAUCAGAUUUAUGGCUUUCAUGCUACAUAUAUUUUUUGUCUUUCUGCACUAGUAGGCAACCUCAUCUCUCAAACUGUCAGUCACUAAUAUGAAGCCUGACUUUUGGGUGUGGGUGCGGUAGACAGGUGAUGUCAUGGGCCUGGGAACUGAAAGCUAAAAUUCACCAACAAGUGUGAUGGUGCAGGAUACUGAACCUAUUAAUAGUCAACUGAAGUUUAAAUAAGCACAAAUCAAUUGAAGGGAUAAUUUGGAUCUUUAAAGUGAAGGUAGUGUCAGUUAUAGUUUGAUAAACUGUGAUUGACAGACAACAUGUUCCUGUGGUAUUCAUAGAAAAGUGAAGAAAACCUCAUUAUGUUGGAUGGCUAGCAGUUAAUCAGAGGGUUAAUUCUAGCCAGCUAAAACAAGUCAAACAUAAAAAAUGUUCAUAUCUGUCAGAUAACAUGCAAUAUUAGCAGAUAUUUAAUAUCGACACUUUUGCAAGAGACUUUUGUUCUUUUGUCAAAGCAACAAACUCAACUACAGUAUCUGAGGCUGCAUGUAGCACAUCUUCUUGGAUAAUUCCCAAACAACUGCAAGAUUUUGAUAAUCAUUCUUAAUUCCAUUGGACAAAUGGCGGCUCAACAGCAAAGUUAACCUUACGUUUGUGAACUUUACAGUUGAUUGGUGAGUGACAGCAGAUUGAGACCACAAACACAAUUGAGAGCGUAGAAGGCUAACAGUCAAAUGAAGCAUUGUUGCAGCAAAUUAUUGCAAUUCAAAACAACUUAAACUGCAUGAUCAAAUACUAAUAAUGUACAUCAUCCAUUUAUGAAAAACUGACAUGUGAUGGGGAAGGAAAAUUAACAUAAACUCACAACUUCCCUAUUGCAAGGCGACUGCUUUUCCCACUGAGAAAUCACCCUAUACAGUAUGUAUUACUAAGUUAAACUGUUUGCUCAGUCAAAGAACAUCCAUGUGAUAGCGCAAAGUGCGAUUGGCAGAGACAGCCAGCUGUUGGAGCGGGAUUAUUUCUGCAUAAGACCUGGAAAAGGACUGGAACAUAUUUGAUGUGUCUGCACAAAUGACAAAAUCCAGAGCUUGAUAUCAUUCUUAUCAGACUUUGACUGACUGACGUAGCUGGCAGCCUCAGCAAUGACAACUAGAAGACAGGAACAAGCUUACUGAUCUCUAGUAAAAGAGCACAUACACAGCAUUGUGUCCAACAGAUGGAAACAUUUUCAGUUUGAGUGGUUUUGAAGUGUCUAUCUGGAUAAGGAUUUCCUUCAAGUUUCUACAACCUCACUGUGACCUCUGGCCACCCCAGGUAAGAGAAGUGUCACUGAUAACAUCACAAAGCCUCACUUCAAGAGUUACAAGCUAUUCCUUUAAUAGUGAUGUGGAUCAGCAAGCAGCAAUUACCACCACAUUCUGUUGAGCCCCCCCAUGCCUCCUGAAGUCAAAAGCUUUUAUAUGCCAAAUGUGACAUUUCUUGAGAAUUUGCUUACACUUUAUGGUCGUUUAAGGAACUGCAGUGUAAAGGUUUUAAAAUACAUCAUUUCCAGGUAUGCUGUCACCACAACCUGAGACAUUUCUAUGAACCGUUGCAAGUGGAAACUAACAGUUUUCACAUGUAUUUAUUGUUUUACCCUAAUAGUGUAUUAUGAUAUUAGUUCACUGAGACCAAAACUCAAAACUCCACCAAACCUAAAUGUGGUGAUGGUUGCCUCACAUUGUGUACUCACAUGUUGUCUCUCAGCUCACAUUUCUUUCUGACAAACAGAAUACAGAGAAAAAGCGGAUUGACUGAAAGAAGUGUUUAAUGUUGUGAAGGUGUUUCACAGCUCUAAUGUUGCUAUACACACUGACUCUUUUGCUACUUAAAUUGAUCCUGUAUAUUUCUUCACGUUUGAGCCCGUGGUGUAACUGUUGUGUCCUGUAAAGCCGUGUUGGGGGGGUUACAUUGGAACCCCAGGCUUUGGGUAGAGAGCUUCAUUCUCUGCCUCUUUUCUCCCAGUUUCUGGGGAGGAAGACAUUCUCUCUGUUUGCUUUCUUUCUUCAGGGUUAUCACUGAAGAGGUUUCAGAAAACAGCAUUUAUUUUUGUUGUUGCUGUUGUUGGAACUUAUCACAAACACAUUCCUGAAUUAUCUCCAUCCAUAGUGUAAUUUUUCUUUUGCAGAUUGCUGUUGGCAACGGUCCUGUCUAGUUCUCGCUGAUUCACAUGUAAAUAAAGUUCAUAUUUGUGUACACAUGUGCAAUACACGCUACUCAAGCAAUCUGUUACUGUGACAAAUAUUGAUAAUUGCUACUUUUUGAAGUUUCAAAUUAUUUUUGCUCCUUGUCCUGAUUAAGGAUUAUGUUGCAAGAUCUUAAAAAAAGGGAAAGUAACUAUUGUGAUUCUUCACACUCAGUUUAAAUUCAGGGGUUUGCUGACAUUUUAAUGAAGCCCUUUUGUUUUUAAAACACUCACUGUACUGUUGUGACGAUUUAAUUAUUUUUUUUUUUAUUAAUAUUUUAAAGUGGGCUUGUUAAGUUUGUCUGGAAACUCAAUAAAGCAAUUCACGGACCGUU